AUGUAUACCAAGGCCCUCCCCGCGCUUCUCCUCGUCCUGGAGCUGACCAGCUUCGCUACCGCCGCCCCGUACCUGGAAAAGCGAUCGUUCAAGGUUGAGCGUUUCCAAAACGAAGGAUACACUGGCCGCAAUGGGCCCCGCGCCCUCGCCAAGGCGUACCGCAAGUACAGCAUACCUCUGCCUGACGGUCUAGUCGAUGCUCUGGAGAAACAGGACACCGAGAUGUUGGCGAGACGCCGUACCAAGUGGUACAGUCCUGUGGCAGGUGCCGCUCCGGCUGUUGCCGUUGAGCAGGUGAGCGAGAAGAAGGUUGGAGAUGACGAGGAGGACGACGAUGAAGAGGAGGAUGCUGGAGACGAGCAAGUCGAAGAAAAGUCGAUUGCCGGUGAUCUUCUUGGUGGCCUGCUUGGCGGCGGUGCUGGGAAGGGCAACCCUGCCCAAGGAGCUGAGAACGGCAACAAACCUCAGGGAGCUGGAAAAGGCGAGGGCGCCGGCGGCAACAAAGGCGGCAAAGGCGAGGGCAAGGGUGCUGGCGGCAAGAAUCCCAACUUCAAUCCCACUCCCACCCCAAGCUCCAGUCCCAGUCCCAGUCCCAGUCCCAGUCCCAGUCCCAACAACGGCGACCCCAAUGCCGACGCCAUGGCAGCUCUUGCCCGGGCUCGCAAGGGCAACCAGACCGGCCUCGUCCCGACCAUUCCGGAGCCAAACGACGUCGAAUACCUCUCAGAGGUCAAGAUUGGCGGGCAGCCCGUCACGCUCGACUUUGACACGGGCUCGUCGGAUCUCUGGGUCUUCAACACGCAGCUUCCGGGGCAGCAGACGCAGGGCCGGCAAGUGUACGACCCGACGCGCAGCAACACGUUCAAGCCGAUGCCGGGGGCCGAGUUUGCAAUCCGUUACGGCGACGGCUCGGGCGCCACGGGCAACGUGGGCACCGACGUGGUCGAGAUUGGCGGCGCCGUGGUGCCGGCGCAGGCCGUCGAGCUCGCGACGCAGGUGACGGACACGUUUGUGCAGGACGCCAACAACGGCGGGCUGGUCGGCCUCGCGUUUGGCUCCAUCAACGCGGUGAAGCCGCAGAAGCAAAAGACGUUUUUCGAAAACAUCAUGCCGUCGCUGCAGGAGCCGCUCUUCACCGCCGACCUGCGCGCGGGCAAGCCCGGCGCGUACGAGUUUGGCCGCAUCGACCGGUCCAAGUUUACCGGCGAGAUGGCGUGGAUCCCCGCCAACACGACGGCCGGCUUCUGGCAGUUCAGCACCGGGUCCUUUGCCGUCGGCGACGGCCCCGUGCAGCCCGCGUCGCGGCCCGGCGGCCAGGCCAUUGCCGACACGGGCACCACCCUGCUGCUCGCCGACCCGGCCAUUGUCCAGGGCUACUACUCGCAGGUGCCCGGCGCCGCGAAUGACCGGCAGGCCGGCGGCGUCGUCGUGCCGUGCCGCGCCCAGCUGCCGGACCUGCACCUGGACAUUGGCGGCGCGUACAUGGCCCGCAUCAAGGGCGCGGAUAUCAACUUUGCGCCCGUGGACAAGACAAACACCACGUGCUUCGGCGGCUUGCAGGCGUCGCCCCAGGGCGGUCUGGGCAUCUACGGCGACAUCUUGUUCAAGUCGCAGUUUGUCGCCUUCAACGGCGGCAACAACAGUCUGGGCAUGGCCAACCAUGCGUAG